UUUUUCCUCUGACAAGUAUAUAUGGCUUCUGUGUUUACUGUUAGCUAGUUAGAGCUCUUUGUUUUUGUCAUCACAUGAGAGUCAAAAUGUCCCGGCUAUAUAAAAGCCUGCUUUGUUGUUUACCAUAACUAAUCGAGUAUUCUAAAAGAUAAUUGAUAAACUCCUUCAGGAUAUUUUUAUCCACACUUUUUUUUUGUUGUUGUUGUUUUUGUCCACUUUGAACUGAAGAGGAAGCUUCAUCUGGAAACCUCUGAGUAAGAUCAUCUCUAAGUUUAGAGAAGGUCUACGUCAAAGGUGGCAGCCAUGGUGUUGAUUCUGGGCAGAAGGAUGAACAGGGAGGACUCUGGGAUCAGAGACUCACCAGCUGUCAAACGCAAGCAGGUGUUUGAGGUUGACUCCAAAACUUUAGCCAGCCAGGAUGUCUUAGACUUCUGUUCUGGCUCAUCCCAUUCAGACGGCAUCCUGCAGGUGUUUAAUGAGUUUCGCGACUGCCGCCUGUUCACUGAUGUCGUCAUCAGCGUGCAGGGCCGCGAGUUCCCCUGCCACCGCGCUGUGCUCUCUGCCUGCUCCUCCUACUUCAGAGCCAUGUUCUGCAACGACCACCGCGAGAGCCGCGAAAUGCUGGUCGAGAUCAACGGCAUCCUGGCUGAGGCGAUGGACUCUUUCCUCACCUAUGUUUACACCGGCCGCGCCAAGAUCACCACAGAGAAUGUCCAAUUCCUCUUCGAGACCUCCAGCCUCUUCCAGAUCUACACACUGCGUGACGCCUGCGCCAAGUUCCUGGAGGACCAGCUGGACCCUUGCAACUGCCUGGGCAUCCAGCGCUUCGCAGAAGCCCAUACCCUGAAGCAGCUAGCCAGCCGCUGCCGCAGUUACGCCCUGGCCAACUUCUCAGAUGUGGCUCAGCACGAGGAGUUCCUCGACCUGCGCAAAGAAGAGCUGGAAGAGUACACUGGCAGCGACGAACUCGCCAUCGGUAAGGAGGAGGUGGUGUUUGAGGCGGUGAUGAGAUGGGUGUACCACGGUGUGGAGCACAGGAAGCCCAUGCUUAAGGCCCUGCUGCACAAUGUACGCCUGCCCCUUCUGCACCCCAACUACUUUGUCCAGACAGUGGAGGGAGACCAGCUCAUCCAGAAUGCUCCAGAGUGCUACCAGCUCCUCCACGAGGCCAGACGCUACCAUGUGCUCGGAAACGAAAUGAUGUCACCCAGAACUCGUCCACGCAGGUCGACUGGCUAUUCUGAGGUGAUAGUGGUGGUGGGGGGUUGUGAGAGAGUGGGGGGCUUCAAUCUGCCCUACACCGAAUGCUACGAACCAGUCACAGGAGAGUGGAAAUCACUGGCCAAACUACCCGAGUUCACCAAGUCAGAGUACGCUGUCUGCGCCCUCCGCAAUGACAUCCUGGUGUCAGGUGGUCGCAUCAACAGCAGGGACGUGUGGAUGUAUAACUCCCAGCUCAACCUGUGGAUCAGAGUGGCUUCUCUUAACAAAGGCCGCUGGAGACACAAGAUGGGCGUCCUACUGGGCAAGGUCUACGCGGUCGGUGGCUACGAUGGGCAGAGCCGCCUGAGCAGUGUGGAGUGUUACGACUGCUUCUCCAACCGCUGGACAGAGGUGGCUCACAUGAAAGAGGCGGUCAGCUCUCCGGCCGUGGCCAGCUGUGCUGGCAAGCUCUUCGUCAUAGGAGGAGGGCCAGACGAUGACACUUGUUCAGACAAGGUUCAGUGCUACGAUCCAGAGGAAGACACUUGGUUACUGCGGGCCAACAUCCCCAUUGCCAAGCGCUGUAUCACAGCAGUGUCCCUCAACGGCCUGGUCUACGUGUGCGGCGGUCUCACCAAGUCCAUAUUCUGCUACGACCCCGCAGAGGACUACUGGAUGCACGUGGUUCACACCUUUAACAAACAGGAGAGCUGUGGCAUGUCCGUGUGCAACGGCAAGAUCUUCAUCCUCGGCGGCAGAGGGGAAAGUGGCGAAGCAACAGACACCAUCCUGUGUUACGACCCGUCAUCGGGCAUCAUCACAGGAGUGGCAGCCAUGCCGCGGCCGAUCUCCUACCACGGAUGUGUAACCAUCCACCGCUACAAUGACAAAUACCACAGGACCUGACCAUAAACAAGCACACACACACACACACACACACACUAAAGAACUUAAACUCUUUGAAACUUAAGCUCUUCAAGUUCACCCCAUGCACAACACAAUCACACACUUCUUUAUAACAGGCACAUUAAGUAGCUCAAUACUGUUGAGCUAAUUUGUUUUCUCACAGCAUCAUGUAGCAAUACUCACUGUGUUGCUGUGAAUCUUUCGCUGUUGCAUACUGUCGUUAUGGCCCUUCUGUGGAAAUGCUCAGCGGUUGACAAUGUUAAUGACUUGUCUGUAACCUGAGCUAAAGUGGAGUCAGAUCAAUGUGCCUUGCAUUAGCAGUGACUGCAUAAGGUUGGGAAGUAAUGAAUCAUAUAUGACAGAAGUAAAGGAAACUGAUAAGGGUAAAAUAAAUUUAAAAAAAUAGAUUCAUUCUUAACAUUAGGAUCACAUAUCUGUGGUAACAAUAUGGUUCACUUACUUAGCUUUUCACAGAGCUUUCAACCUUAUCCCAUCAGGUUCACUGAAGGAAACCAAUGUGGUUGAUAACUCCAUGAAAAGCUAAGUAGGUAAAAGUUCAGAGUAUUUUACCACAUAAAUUGUAACAUUUGUACACAUUGUCAAAGAAAAAAAAGAAGAAACACUGAUCUUUCUAUAUAACAAUAUUUGGCAUAUUUGAAUAAUGUAAUACUAUCUGAAAACUCCUAAUAACAUUAGUAAGUUUUAAUAAUUUUAUUUUGAUAGUGCUUCCAAGCAGGUAAUCAGUUUGAAAGUGAACUUCCCAACACUGUGCUUUUAUUACUGUGCAAAUGAACCUCACUUGGAGAUCUCAGAUAGUUCUGAUGAACAAAAACAAUGCCAUAAGACAAAAAUUGAAAAAUCGCUCUGACAAUAAUGAGCGAAGGAUGAUGUGCCAGCAGAGGAAAAAUUAUAUGAUAUCUAUUUUUGCCUGACAGAUGAGUAGCCAGGUCGGAUAUCCGACCUUGUACCCAAUGCACUCCAUGCGGAUACGUACAUACAAUACAGCACAAUACUGGUAAAGAACAUUAAAAACGUCCUCCUUUUUUAAACUCUUUUCCUUGAUACUAAAAACAACCUGAUAACAAUGUGGUGAACAGUCAGCCAGCUGUCCUCCCACAGUAUCAGUGAUUUUGAGUAUAAGUUGCUCUCGCCCGUUGACCUGGAGCGGAGUUACGAGAUAAAGAGCGGAGGCUGUACCAAAAUAUUGGAACGUAGCCACUGUUAGCUCUGCCCUCUUGUUUCCUCCACUUAUCACUUAGUUCCACUUCCUCUGUGCGUUUCCCUUUUCCAACCUCCAGCUGUGCCAUCACCUCACAUUUUGAUAUCUCCCUUUUUAAGCUUUAUUUUUGCUCCAUUUUAAUUAUUAUUAUUAUUACACUCAUUACUGACAUUUUAUUAUUAUUUUUUUAAGUUAUACUUUUUUUUACGAUUGGAUGUUUACUGUAUUAUAAGUAGCUUUAGUGUGUCUAUUUCAUAUCAAUGUUAGAUCAUUGGUGUACUGGGCUCGUGGGUGGUUUUGUAGCUGUGAGAAGCCUUUGGAGAUCAAACUCGAAGACUGCUCUGAAUAAGUGGUGUGCAUGUAUGGUGUGUAUGUAUGUGUGUGACUUUUACGACUCAAUCUGGAUGUGUCGGAGCCACAUCUAGCGUAAGCAUUGUACGACUUUCACACUGAUGGCGGCACCUCUCACCUGUGCGCUUACAUGUAAAGAUGUAACUCGGGGUAACCGUAGAUACCUCCAGUUGUGCAUGUUCUGAAUGACGUGGAUUUGGAUGAUGUGGCUCAUGGUGUGUAAAAGUCACCUUUUACUACAGUAGGCGUUAGACUAGAGGUAUUGCUGUGAAUAUAACAUUAAUAUGUUUUCUUGUAUUUAAAUGUAUCUCUUCUUGGUUGCAUAUUGAGUUUUUUCUGCAACCGAAAGCCCCAAUUGUGCACUUUGACAGAAUCCUGUUAAAUGUAGAAUUAUACAACAAUGAUUUUCUUUUCUUUUUUUACUGUAUCAGUAAAUGUUCUUUGCUUUCAUGUGACGUAUGGAAGAGACAGUGAAAGGGCCUGUCAGCUCCUCCUAUUGGCCGCUACCUGCUAUGGCUCUGAUGUUCUAACAAAAACAACAACUGCUACAAGAGAACAAUUUCAAGAGAGAGUUAGGGCUUUACAUUUUAGGUUAAAACAGUUAGGGGUCAGUGGGUUUGUACGUUUGUUACUGUCUAACAAUGUGUAACUUCAUAAUAAUACGCAGCCUAAGAACAUCAGAGAUUGUGCUACUGUCUGUCAGUCACAAUAACAAAAACAGGUGGUUGGUAUUUCAGCUUAAACCAUCCUCCAGACGUUUUCUCAGAAAGAUGAGUCCGGUCAGGUCUUCAGCAGAAGUACCGGCUGAAAAGAAAACAUCCUCAGGCCCACUUAGGGUUAACUCAGGAGGCCAGCGAGAGGACGCUGAGGGGCAAGAAUGUGGAAAAGCAAACGAGUUGAAGGGAAUUAGAUAGUGAGAGAGAGCGAGAGAAAUUGAGUGUGUGUGCGUCUGUGAUUUCAUUGAGUAUUUACACAUAACAACACGUUAUGUUGAUUUUUCAUAAUUAGCCAUGUAGAGGCCUUCAUACGUUGUUCGUUCAUUGUUUGCUUUGAUAAGAAUAUUCAUUGUUUUUAUUAUUGAUUUUUUUCUUGUGAUUGUUGUUGGACCGUUUGUAAGUUCACCUUGCAUGUAAAUGGCAUGCCUUAAAUUAAAUCCCGAAGUGCUGAGCGUUAAAAGUGGAUUGAUGGAUUUUGAUGUGAAUGCAGAUUUAAACCAAAGUGGAUUAGAUUCAAUCUGAAAGGUGACCUUGUUGAAAAAUGCCAAUGGGUAAAUUGCGCCUGCAUGCAAAGAUGGGCGGGGGUUUAAUAAUGUGUUAAUUGCAGAAAGCUGCCCUGUAUUUGCCUGAAUAAAUGAAUGACAAGUGGGAGAUUAAAUUACAUAAUUUUGAUAUUUUCUUAUUGGAUGUGAUGUGAUAUUUUAACACCGCUUUCUCCUCAGACGCUCUUUUGUUUAACUGUGAGGAAGCUUUGGAUUUUUGUAAACUGCAGUAUGUUGAAAUGUAAUGGUUGACUCGUGUGAGAGAAACAUCAAUAAAGUUUUUCUUUCCGUACCAAC